AUGUUCGAGAACAACCGUGAGCGUGCCGUCGACUACCUCAAUACUUGGGACAACAUCUAUGUCUUUGACGGGUACGCGGGCUGGGAUCCGAAGUACCGUAUUAAGGCCCGCGUCGUCUGCGCGAUUUUCGGCGAGCCGGACUACAACGCGGACCAGCUCCCGGCGAGCCGUUUCACGGAGGGCGUGAGCAGUACCACGUCUGUUGAGAUCAAUUUCAAGCGCAUGAACGCGAUCAUCCUCGGCAUGGAGUAUGCAGGUGAGAUGAAGAAGGGUGCCUUCUCCGUCAUGGCGCGUGUCGGCCAGCUCUCACUGCACCCGCCUGCCAAUGUCGGCAUCGAGAACAACGAUGCGACCCUCUUCUGUGGGUUGUCGGACAUGGGCAAGACGACGCUCUCCGCCGGCCCCCGCCGGAAGCUGAUUGGCGACGACGAGCACGUCUGGUCGGACGACGGCGUGUUCAACUUCGAGGGCGGGUGCUACGCGAAGUGCGUCGACCUCUCCGCAGAGAAGGAGACCGAGAUCUCCAACGCGGUCCGCUUCGGGAGCAUCCUCGAGAAUGUCGCGUACAACCCGAUCUUGCGCGUGCCCCACUACGUAGACGUCAGCAUCACGGAGAGCACGCGCUGCGCGUACCCGAUUGAGUUCAUCCCGAACGCGCAGAUCCCGUGCGUGGUCAACCGCCAGCAGAGCAACAUCAUCAUGCUCACCUACCAUGCGUUCGGUGCCCUGCCGCCCACGUGCUACUUCGCGCCGUUCAUCGUCCUGCACCCCGGAGGCCACGCCGAGAUGCUCGCGGAGCGUAUGUCGAAGAACGACGUCGACUGCUGGCUGAUCAAUGCGGGCUGGACGGGCGACCAGUACGGGACGGGUAAGCGCUGCCCGCUCAAUUACACGCGCAUGGUGGUGCACUCGGGCGAGCUUGCCAAGGCGGAGUACGAGACGUUCCGUGUCGGGACGUUCGGUCUCCAGGUCCUGACCCACAUCGAGGGCGUGCCGCGCGAGCUGUCGAGCCUCUGCUUGGCGUGGACGGACAAGGCGGCGUUUGAGAGGGAGGUGAGGAAGCUGGCGGUGAUGUUCCAGAAGGCGUUUGCGCUGUAUCCAUAG